AUGGAACCUAAAGUUGAAAGCCCUCGAAGCGAAACUUCGGAAGAAGGAAAGGUUCUUCAUGAGAAUUCCUGGUUCCAGAUCUGGGGGAACUUUCGGCACAAGAGUGAUGACUAUCGCGUCUUCAAAAUUCUAGAUCAAGAUCUACAAGACUGCAUCACCCAAACGACUUCCACAUACAUCGCUCAUUCUGGGGAACGCCCAAGGUCAGAUACAAAACUCAGUAUCGAGUCACCUUUCAAGCUACUUGUUUACAACUAUGAUGACUUAGAAUCUGCCGCAGUCUCGGCCUCUACUGCUUCAAAUGUUGCCGAAGGUCUUACGUCUCUUCUCAACGAAUUGAGCAAACUUCAGAAUCCUGCAUCAUGGAAAAUACCCGACGAUAUCGAAAACGCUCGAAACUUCCACAUGGAAUUUGAUUCAUUGUGGGCUAUUUUCAAACCUGGAAGUCUGGUUGUUUCAUCAUGUGACCCUGAUAAAAAUCCCCAGAUCUUUAAAGUCCACCAGGCUAGCUAUAAAGUCACUCUUCCAAAUGACUAUCAUUUCUUGGGCAUAGGAGGUGUGAAAAAAAGAGUCCUUGUUAUUCAUGCUUGGGCCUGGGAUUGGAACGGGACUGAAGUUUUCCGUAAUAUGUUCGAAAUUCAAAUAGAAACAUACCCAGGCCAGAAGUCACCGACGGAACUUAGCUGCUACCCAGCCACAUUGUACACAGGAUCUGGAAACAAAAGAGGAAUCAGCGCUGUCUACGAAAAUGUGAUCUACAAAGACCGCAAAGAAAACUUCGUCAAAUACACCUUCCAGCAAAAGCCUCCCGCGAAAACGUUACUACAAUACUCCGGCGAAUUUCGUGGUAUUCCUGCCUUCUUAGAGGAAAAACUGCUCCUUUUCAUGCGUGGAGUGGAUAGAGAAGGAUAUAAGCCUAUACCUUACGCCAAGGUUGAUGAGGACAUAGUACUAGACACAGGAAACUAUUUGCGAAAAGCACUGCCUACCUUAUCGCUUGGUGAUAUUCGAGUUGCUGAGGAGUCAAUACCAUGCCACUGUCAAUUGUGUCUUAGCCCUGAGGCCAAAUCAUGGGUCAAAUUCAUCGAAAAAGGCAACGCACCGUCCUCCGUCGAAAAUGAGCUGCUACUUACACCUAGAAUUAUGGGACUUGCCUUGAACAGGAAAGAAUGGGGACAAUUCUGGCUAAAUAAUAUUAAGGUGAUCAACAAAUCGGAGGGUGUUGGCCGGGAGAACAUGAUAAAAGAUCUUAUCCUACCGGCUGGKAUGAAUGAAGACGAGGAACGACAUAUUUACGCAGUGGUCAACAAUCAUUCAAGGGCUAUGGCUAGGCCACGAAACAAGAGACUGACGGAUGUGAUCGGAAGAAAAGGAGAGAGCCUGAUCUUACUGUUUCAUGGUAGACCUCUUUUCAAAGUGGGUACCAGUGACAUUGGUUCCAAUGCCCCUGUCGCAGAACGUACUCUGAAAACUAUAUUCGAACUCGCCGAAGCCUGGAAUGCAGUCUUGCUUAUAGAUGGAGCGGAUGUCCUCUUAGACGCUAGAGGCAAGGAGAACGAAAGUCUUAUGUCGAAGAAUGCAUUGGUGUCCGUUCUGCUUCGGGAAGUUGAAUACUUUAAAGGUGUGUUAAUCAUGACGACCAACCGCGUGGUCGCCUUCGAUCCGGCGAUCCUGUCUCGUAUUCAUCAUGCCGUCAACUUUGGAGAGCCUGAUAGCAAUCAGGAGGAGAGAAUCUGGAACAUGUGGUUGGAUCGUCUGCAUCAUCAAGGUUUGUGUGAUGACUACGCAGAUCUGAAAAACUGGGUUGACGAUACUAUGAGCGACACCCGGCGACCUCAUCUUCUCAGUGGGAGAGAAAUUCGGAAUAUCUUCAUGGUUGCACAGAUUCUCGCCGAUAAAGAGGAUGGAGACGUCAAAAUCACCCGAUCCCAAGUUAAUAGCGCAUAUAAGUACAAAACAAUCUUUAGGCACGACACGGAGAAGAUGAGGACGGAAGCCAAAGCUCUUUUGGCGGACAGAAAGCGAUAG